CGUCUCCCCGGGACUGGUCUCUCCCCCACGAACAGUCGCUCUGAAAACAAAAACUCCGCCAGCCUUCUCGCGCGGCCUGCGCCUCGCCCCCCGGGCCUGGCGGUGGGUGCGGUGUAGGCCUCAGCACCAUGGAUCCCUUUCUGACUCUGCUGCACUCUUUCUCUUCGAGCUUGUCGGACGCUGAGCUUUCUUCCCUGAAGUUUCUCUGCCGAGGGAAAAUUGGGAAAAGGAAGCUUGAGUGUGUCCGAAGUGGCGUGGAGCUCUUCAAUAUCUUCCUCGAGCAGCAGCUGAUUGCAAGCGGCAAGGUGGCGUUUCUUGAGGAGUUGUUUGUGAGCAUUAAAAGAGAAGAUUUGGUCUCGCAGCUAAAGCAGUUCGUAGAGGAAGGAGAAGUUAAUGCUCCUGAUGAUCAACCAGAUGCGUAUGAAAAGUGUCUUCAGAAGGCAGCCAUUGAAGUCAUAUGUGAAAAUGUGGGGAGAGACUGGAGAAUGCUGAUACGCAAACUUGGCCUUUCUGAAGUGAAAAUAGACAGAGUAGUGGCAGCAAAUCCAUUGAACUUGCAUGAACAGUUGGUUCAGUCACUUCGAGAGUGGCAGAGAUGGAAGGGUAAAGAUGCAAAAGUGGCUGACUUAAUUAAAGGUCUUCGGGAAUGUAAUAUGAAUUUGGUGGCAGACAAAGUUGAACAGAAGCUCUUAACGCUGAACACUGGAACGAGGUGAAGUCAAUAUAAAAACACUUCCAUGUCCCACAGAUAUGGAUGAAAAAAGUAAAAGUGUCUUCUACUCUUCUGAACUAAAAUCAGUAUCAUUGUUUCUGUUACUUACUCUGCCAUUAAUUUAUGUGCCUUAAUAGGUUGAUUUGCGGUCAGAUGAAGUGUAACUUAAAAACAAAUUCCUUUCAGGUAAUGCUUUGUAGUUUGAUGCUUCCUUUAAGAGAUUUUUAACUUUUAGAAGACCUAAACUCUAUUUUGUAGAAAUUCUCGCACAUUUGUUCUACCACCCUCCUGAAAACAUUUGCUUUACUGCAGGCACUUUUCAGACAUCCAUGGGAUGCUUCUGAGGCAGCUGUAAUUUUAAAUUUCACAGGUUUGGGGGUUUUGUGGCCUAUUACAACUGUAGUGUAAAAGGGAGAAGGAGUAGGCCUAUUUGCUGUGUACUGGGUUUUCUUUUUGAGUAGCAUAAAAUAAUAUAUUCUGUAAUUUGUCAAAUACAUAUGCUCUUUGUAAAAGUUUACUAAGAUGAUGGUAACCUCAGGCCUGAAGACUAGUGCAAGAGGGCUAGUAACUCCUAUGGUGUUUUUUUCUUGUGCCUGGGUUGAACUAGUUGAAAUGAAAUGUCUGUGUCAGGUGCUCUCAUCAUCCAGAAGAUGUUCUCCUGAGAACACAUCAGGAGAUUGUCAGAGAAAUUGUAUGCGUCUCACAGAUGUUUACAGCAGCCUCUUUUUACUGCCAUGAAUGUUUUAAGAUUCUUUUCCAGGAAUCCUUCCAUAACCUGUACCAGAGUCUGAUCAUGUCUGCUGGAAGUUGCAGCUCACCUCAUAAGUAAGCUGCAGUUAUCUGUGCUCUUGGUAACAAAAGUGUGUACUGUAACAAAAGCCUAGAAGAAAAAUUGGUUUCUUUUUAGUGGAGGGGUGUGAAGGCCUACUGAGAGCAAAUAUAUAGUAUAUUUUUCCCUAGUGAUACUGUGAAGAUCAGCUUUCUCCACAAUUUGUGAUCUUCAGAGGUUGCUCCAGAUCCAGUAGCUGUUCCAGGUCCUCUGCAACUUUUUAGUUCAUUCCUGUUCUUUGAUGUUUAUGUUUUUUU